GAGUGAGAGACACCAGAAAGGCUAUAUCUCAUCGAUUCGAUAGCGCCCUCCGAACCACCGGCCCGCCUGUCAACGACGCACUCGACCAGAGAGUUUCGACACCGAGCCGCACGAAACCUCUCGCUUCUUCCGAGCAUUUCGGUUGAACUGUCCAGCCGAUCACCCAGCCGAGCCCGAUCCACGACGCAUAUAACACAACAAUAUGGCGGGCGGCCUCGUCAAGUACAGGCAUUUGAGCCGUAACUCGUCGGCGCGACAGGCCCUCCUCCGCGGCCUCGUCACCUCCCUCGUCGCCCACGAGCAUAUCCAGACCACCUACGCCAAGGCAAAGGAGGCCCAGCGCCUCGCCGAAAAGCUCAUCACCUAUGCGAAGCGGGACAAUGAGGAGACGAGGCGGAAGGCCCAGGCUAUUCUCUACACCCCCCACGAUCUCCUCCCCAAGCUCUUCGGCGAGCUUCGCCAGCGCUAUACCGAGCGCCCCGGCGGCUACACGCGCGUUCUGCGUACCGAGCCCCGCAACACCUACGACCAGGCGCCCUCAGCGAUUCUCGAGCUUGUCGAUGGGCCCCGCGACGCCCGGUUCAUGAUGACGGCCAAGGCCGUCGCCUUCGACAAGGACUCGGGCAAGAUGCACACGGAGAUGACCAUGAAGAACGUUGCCAAGGUCACAAGGUACCGUAAGGACGGCAAGACGGCCUUUGACGACAUGGUCGCCAGCUUCCGGACUCUCAAGACCAGGGGCAAGGGCAAGAAGGGCAAGAAGGCCGUCGAGAAGGAGGCCGAGGCGUGAGUAUCGCGCC